CGUGUAUCGACCAUCUGUGAUGGCUGUCGCAACACACUGACAGAUUCACUGAGCACGAAACGAAGUGAACACCCGUGUUCUGCUCCCGGGUCGACAGUGAUAUUUAACGUACACACCAGGCGUACACACGUACACGCGCUACAGCACAACUCAGGUGUGUCUAGUCGGUUUCUUUGAAAAUGGAAGACGCGUCAACUAAAGCGAGAAUCGAAUCCACGACCGACGAGGUGUUCGCUUUAUAUCGUAAACAUGGCGAUGUGGACUAUAUCGGUGAACCAGUGACGCAAAGUGAACAUGCCGUGCAAUGUGCUAUGCUGGCCAACAAAGAUGGAUAUCCCGAGGAGGUAAUUUUGGGCGCACUAUUUCACGAUAUUGGCCAUGUGCUUGGAAUAGACAGAGGAAUGCAGAGAAUGAUUACGGGUGAUGUUCAACUUGGAACAGCUGAUCACGACAUCGUAGGUGAAGAUUACCUAAAAAACCUUGGUUUUCCAUCAAGUGUAACAGAUAUUGUGAGAGGGCAUGUUAGUGCUAAGAGGUACCUUGUCGCUACAGACAAGAAGUAUAAUGAUAACUUAACCGUGGCCAGUAAAAUGACUCUGGUUCAUCAAGGGGGUCCCAUGACCAGAGAAGAAGCUGAUGAGUUUGAGAAGAAUCCUAAUUUUGAGGCGAUAUUGAAGAUGCGACAUUGGGAUGAAUCUGCUAAAGAUCCAUAUGUCAAAAUGAACCAAAUAUUGGACUAUGUUGAAUUGUGUAAAAGGGUCUUGAAAAAUAAUCUGAAGUGAUGUAGAUGGAUAAUAUUAAAAGUAUGUUUUAAUGUAAUUAUGUAAAUUGGAUAAAUCUAUAUUGAUGAAAAUAGAAACACAUUAAAAGUGAUCUUCUAUAUUCC